AUGGCCACCGUCCACCCCCAAUCGCCGGCGGGCCCCACCACACCUCUUCCGCAGGAGGAGCGACACGGGUACGCCGCCCCGGACCCGCCCGCCGUCGUCUCCGGCGAACCCGCCGCCACCGCCGCGGUCGGAGCGGAGGCGGGCGGCGAGAUCGCCGCGCUCGACAAGCAGCUCGCCGUCGUCGUCGUCGGCGGCGGCGAGGAGAGGAGGCCGGGCGGGGCCGGGGCCGGUGCCGGGGCCGCCAGCGCAGGCGGGGGAGGGAAGCUGGCGGCGGAGGCCAUGCGCAAGUACGCCGCCCCGCGGUCGUCGCGGUUCCACGGCGUCACCAGGCUCAAGUGGAGCGGCAAGUACGAAGCGCACCUAUGGGACAACACCAGCCAGGUCAAGGGCCGCAAGCGCAAGGGCAAGCACGUAUACUUAGGCAGCUAUGUUACUGAAGAGCAGGCUGCAAAGGCACAUGAUUUGGCUGCCCUUAAAUAUUGGGGCACAGGACCAAACACCAAACUGAACUUCAAUAUUUCUGAUUAUGAGAAAGAAAUUGAGGUUAUGAAGACCAUGUCUCAAGAUGAAUUUGUGGCCUACAUAAGGAGGCAAAGCAGUUGUUUCUCGAGAGGUACCUCAUCAUACCGGGGUGUAACCAGACGGAAGGAUGGUAAGUGGCAAGCAAGAAUUGGUAGGAUUGGUGAGAGUAGAGACACCAAAGACAUUUACCUUGGGACCUUUGAAACUGAAGAAGAGGCGGCAGAAGCUUAUGACCUAGCAGCAAUUGAGCUUCGUGGUGUUCAUGCUGUUACCAAUUUUGACAUUAGUAACUACUGUGAAGUUGGUUUGAGAAAACUAGAAGGCCCGUCAGAGGUGACGAAGCUGGAUGGUCCAUCGGAGGUUAUGAAGCUCGCUGGACAGUAG